AGUCAACACCGCUUUAAACCCAAAGGAGUCGAAUAUUUUCUUUGUUUUAACGAGCGGUUUCGAACAGAAAACGGAUUUUUUUUCUUUUUUCAACGACAAAGAGUAGAACUAACACCUUUGCAUGGUGUUCAACAAUUCUUGAGGCUUUAUUCUUUUUCCUUCUCCAAAUAUUUAGGAUUUGGGUGUUUUAAUCACUUUUGUUGUUUUAUGUGGAUUAUUGUUGCUGCAAUUACCUCAGCUUGACCUCGACCUUCACAAAGUAGCGCAGAACAGAAGGUUGGAACGAUGCCAGAUUCACCCGCUGAUGUCAAAACCCAGCCCAGAUCGACUCCGCCCACCAUGCCGCCGCCUCCCCCAGCUGUCAGCCAGGCAGCCAAUCGCAGUGCUUCGUUCACGCCCACCACCAUGCUGAACGGGAGCAGCCACUCGCCCACGGCGCUGAAUGGAGCGCCCUCCACCCCCAACGGCUUCAGCAAUGGCCCGGCCAUGUCCUCCAGCGCCUCUCUGUCCACCCAGCAGCUGCCUCCGGCCUGCGGGGCCCGGCAGCUCUGCAAGCUCAAGCGCUUCCUCACCACGCUGCAGCAGUUCGGCAACGACAUCUCGCCCGAGAUCGGGGAGCGCGUCCGCACCCUGGUGCUGGGGCUGGUGAACUCCACUCUGACUAUUGAAGAGUUCCACUCUAAGCUCCAGGAGGCUACAAACUUCCCUCUAAGACCCUUUGUCAUUCCUUUCCUCAAGGCGAAUCUACCCCUCCUGCAGAGAGAGCUCCUGCACUGUGCCCGCAUGGCCAAGCAGACUCCCGCCCAGUACCUGGCCCAGCAUGAGCAGCUGCUCCUGGACGCCAAUGCCAGCUCCCCCCUGGACUCCUCCGAGAUCCUGCUGGAGAUCAACGAACACGGCAAGAGGAAGACCCCCGACAGAACCAAAGACGGCAGCGCUGACCGGGACACCCUCCACACAGAGCACCAGCCCAAACGGCCGUGCACGGUCAGCCCCAGCCAGCGCUACAGCCCCGGAAGCGGGCUCUCCGCCACACACCCGCCCCCCAACGGCUUGUCCGCCCACCCCCCCAACGGCCUGCCGCACCCCAACCCCCCCGCGCCCCAGCACUACCGCCUGGAAGACAUGGCACUGGCACACCACUACCGCGACGCCUACCGCCAUGCGGAGCACCGCGAGGCGCGGGACAGGCACCGGCAGGCAGUGGCGCACGGAGCGAGGCAGGAAGAGGUCAUCGAUCACCGCCUGACAGAUCGGGAGUGGGCGGAGGAGUGGAAGCACCUCGAUAACCUGUUGAACUGCAUCAUGGACAUGGUGGAGAAGACCCGGCGAUCGCUGACCGUGCUGCGACGCUGUCAGGAAGCCGACCGUGAGGAGAUGAACCACUGGAUCCGCCGCUACAGCGACGUGGAGGAUAUGAAAAAAGGUGGGAGCUCCACCCAGCGUCCUCACCACUCCACCUGCUCUUCCUCCUCCUCCUCCUCCUCUUCCUCCUCCAUCACCUCUAACAACAGCAAGACACAACCCCUAGAGAUUCACCGGGACUUUCUGCACAGACCGCCCUCCGGGUAUCUGCCAGAGGAGAUCUGGAGGAAGGCUGGUUCGACAAGCAUGCCGCUCUCACCAGCACUAAAGCAGCUGCAAAACAAGCAGGAGGAGGCCGUGAAUGAAGUGAAGAGGCAGGCCAUGUCGGAGCUGCAGAAGGCCGUGUCCGAUGCCGAGCGCAAGGCCCACGAGAUGAUCUCGGCAGAGAGGUCCAAAAUGGAGCGGGCGCUGGCCGAGGCCAAGAGGCAGGCCUCUGAGGACGCGCUGACCGUCAUCAACCAGCAGGAGGACUCCAGUGAGAGCUGUUGGAACUGCGGUCGCAAGGCCAGCGAGACCUGCAGUGGCUGCAACACGGCGCGGUACUGCGGCUCCUUCUGCCAGCACAAGGACUGGGAGAAGCACCACCACGUGUGCGGUCAGGGCCUCCAAGGCCUGCCGGGGGGCGCCAGCGUUCCCCUGGGGACGCCCUCCUCCUCGUCCGCCACCGCACCCCCCACGCACCCGGGGGGCACCCCGCCGGCCUCCCUGUCCCUCCCCGGGCAGGCGGGCGGGAGCUCCAGCAGCAGCGUCACUGGGAGCCCCAAGGAAGCCAGCUCCAGCAGUGCCUCCAGAUCCACCACCCCGGCCACACCCGCCCUGCUCGACAGCGCCUCCCGCUGACUCCCCAGCCUGCCGCCCCGCUGCGCCGACCCCUCCUCCCCCCCAAACCCUCCCUGAAUCCCCCACUGCUGCUCCAGCGCCCUCCGUCUGAAAGAAACUGAGGAAUUUCUGCGUCAUGCCCUGUCCUUUCCGAGCGGCGGCUGACCCACACUGCCGCAAACACUGCGUCGUCCUCCCAACUACCUGAAGAUCUCGUUUUCUCAACUCCUCAACCUCCUGAAGACCUCUCUGUCUCUCAGCAAACACGCACACACACACACACGCGCGCACACACACACACAUACACACAAAAAAGACAAGUGUGGAUGUCUGCUUUACUGUGUAGCAUGGACCAGGGCUUAUUUUACAAGCAGCCAAAACAUUGUACUCUGGUGACUGCCUCUGACGCAUAUUGCAAAAUCUAAGAGGAAUUUUUAGACUGGACCUCCUGUUAUAGCCAAGACACAAGAACAACCUCCACACAGCUGACAGCUGAGCCUUGAUAGCUUUGAAUGAAUGCUGGCUUUGUCAUAUGCUAGGCAUGCCCAACACCUGACUGUAGUAAAAUAAGCCCUGUACAUACUGUGUGAGGUAUAUAUGGGGGUGCGCAUGAUAUUCAGAUCCCUCCUGUUUCAGCAGAAGUGCAUUUUUUUUGGUCAGAGUGACGGCUCCUGCAUUAUGAAUUUAACUACAUAAGGGAGGGAUGUUAUUUAAGGAAGAGUGGGAUGUUGCGGUUGCCCCAGCAUAUACAAAUGCAGUAUGGACCAUUUGAAGCUAUUGCAGAGAACAGGUUCCUUGAUGUGUCUGGCCUUUGGAGCAAUCUUCUGUGGCACUCUGUUCCUUAGCUGAACAAGGAGGACAUCCUGUUCCCCAACAAGGGGUACAAAAGUCAUAUGGAUGGUCUGUCUAGUUCCCUGGGAACUGUUCAGUAAGAAAGCUGUUUGUUUGACAAAGGAUUACUUUAAGUGUUUUCAUUUUUGGCUUUAAAUACAAUAAUAAAAGAGUAGCCCAAAAAUUCUAGAGAAAUAAUAAUAAUAAUAAUAAAAAAAAUAAUAACCCGUUAACUACCUUGCUAGCGAGCCAAGAAAAUCUACACCGGACUCACCUCUCUGUACCGAUGUGAAUCCAAAUGAAUUAAAAAAAAAACACAAUCCAAACCUUCUAUUUUUAUUACACUGCCAAAGUUAAUAAGAGACAAGAAGAAGCACUCAUCUUGUAACCAAACGCAAGCUACUUCAACUUCUCAGCAGCUUGUCCAUGCUCAAGGACAAAGGGACUGCAGGACAGCAGUGAGCUACACAAAAGAAAAACAAAACACGAAAAGUAAGGUAAAGAGAGUGUGUUGUAGCUGGCUGAGUGUGGCUUCUGCAGUGAUGAAGAAAAAGGAGACUUUGUGUGUCGAGUUUUAAGCACGCCAACAAUGAAAACGGACAGAAAGUGACGACAGACUGAUCGACGGUGACUCUUUGUGGAUGGCGAUGAGAUGGAAUUCAAAAGGAAAAAGAGAAAAGAUGCUAGGUCUCCCCCGAGAAAACAAAGAACGAAAGAGAACAUCCUGGCAAGCAUUGUACAACAGGAGAGCUGCUGUUUUUUUUUUUUUUAGUUUGUUUGUUGUUGUGUCGCUCUCUGGUGAAGAGACAUUUCAGUGGGUCUCAACUUCAUUUUCCUCCUCUUUUUUUCCAAAGCAUGACAACACCUCGUAUCCAGCUGGUUCUCUUUUCUCUCUGUCCCUCCUGAACCCCCCCCCCCCAAACCCCCCCGCUUCUGUGUGUCCUUACCUUAGCACCAACCCUUUCUGGUCCACCUCCCCCUUCCUAGACAGAACCGCCAAGCAGAUAUGUGGGAAGGGAUCAAACCUGCUUGUAUAAUAUUUAUUUUUUAUUUGACAAUAUGCCUUUGUCUCCGUGGGGCCUGGGUUGCUGGAGUGUUCCAGACCGCUCCUGAGAAAAAGCCACAGAGAUUUUGGCUGAACUUUUGGAGCAGGAGUAAAGAUACUCAGUAGAGACGGUCCCUGCUGUGUCUUUUGAAGGAGAUCACCCUCCCUCAGAAAAGGAAAUGCUCAUGUAGAAUAUUUUAUAACGCUCGCAUUGUAAGACAGUGAGAGGACGGAGGUGCAAUAUGAAAAGAGAAUUCAGCUACUGAAUGAAACCUCAGCUACUGCCCAUUGGGUAACAUAUAUAAAUAUAUAAUAUAAAUAUACAUAUAAAUUUAUUUAAAAAUAACAGCAGCUUAAUGUGAAUGUAUAUAGUAUCAGAAGAGGUCCAAAAACGUAUUUGCCAAAUAAGAGAAACCUUUAAAGUAUAAAGUCUAGACUCCAAUUUUUUUUUUCUUUCAAUCUCUCCAUUUCCUGUCCUUUCAUUUUUCCAUAUUCGCAAAAUCCGCUGUGUGGGUAAUCUAGAUAAUACAUAGGGAAGAGUCAGUCGAUUUUCUGAGGGAAUUACUGCCCACGUAGAUUACUUGAGCAAAAAAAAAAGCUUAUUAAUGUGCUGGCAUACUCCACUCCCCUUUUUAGUGAGGAAGAAGUAACUGCACGUUUUUGAUUGAUGUAUUCAUCUUUAAAAAAUGGUUGACUUUUUUGUGACACAGAUAGGUCCGUCUACCCAUUGAUACUUGGCUACACACAAGACCAGGAGAUUUCUCACACUGACCCAAUGUUGAAACCAGACUGGCAUAAAGCUAGCUGAAUCAGCUCUAGUUCAUUGUUGGAAGCAUGCAGGGUAUGGAAUCUGAAUCUUGUGUGAAAUAUUGCCAUCCAUUGGGCCCUAGCGCCAUUGCAGUAAGUCUCCAAUAAGUGCAGUAGGACUCUGAACAGCUCAAAAUUUCAAACCUGUUUGCUGAUCUACGCUGGGAAACCCACAUCAGCUGUGAAAAUCUCUCAUUUCUGCAACAAAUUCAAUAUCCAUUAUCCUUUUUCAUGGGCCUCUGACCUGUUUAUUUUUGAGACGUUGAUGAGGAUAUGGUGGACAGUCUUCUUCGUCAAAGAGGAUGUUUCCUGACUAAUGUCUUUUAUGAUAGCCAAGUAUAAACAACAUAAUUUAAAUUCACAUUCAUCUACAGGCUACAGAACCUGUGUCGUAAUAAUUUUGAAAAUCCAUGUCAAAAACCACAGACAAAAACAAUAAAUUUCAAAACAGAGAUAACGCAUAGAACAACCUACCUAAAUGAUCCGGCCACAAACCUGUACCUCUGAAAUGGACCAAACUUAAACCCGUUUUGUUUUCUCAGCUGUUAACCGUGCGGUCUGUCCAUCUGUACAGAUUUAAAGAAUGGAAGAACAUACUAAGACAGAUACCAAGAGACGUGUGUUAGCAUCGACCGUUAGCCUUCCUUGUUAUUUAUCACAUGUACAUUGUCUAUUUUCAUAUUUUUCAUAAUCAAAAGUAAUAUAUAGAGUAUUGCAAAUGUGAUUAAUUAACUGCAAGGUACCCUGCAUCUCUUUGUGUGUGUUGUAUAGUAAGCAUAUAUAUGUGUUAUAUGUUACCUAAAUAUUGCAUUCAUUCUGAUUCUCUCCUGUCUGUGUCUGAACCCUCUCAGUAUCCUGACCCCCCCCCCCCCCCCUAUCCUCCUCUAGCUGGUAUCGAUAGCUACCUCUGAGUACUCACUGACCUGUGUGGGUGGCCAUUCCUGGAAAAAUGUGCAGCAAAUAAAUAAAGAAUAAAGACGCAUCACUCAGUUCUGAGAGAAAAAUUCUUGCUAGCAGACAAGCAAACCCACUGAAAAAUUCCCCAGCGAAAAGCUUUUUGUUUAUGUGUGUCUGAGGAGGGUCCUUAUGCCUGAAGCCAGGAAGUGGCAAAGGCAAGCUAAAGCACUCAAAGAGGAAGGAAAUUGAUCAUUUUUUCUCAGAAGAUAAUGUGUGUGUUAUGUAUUUUUUUUUCAGAAGAUAAUAUAUUUAAAGUUAUAAUAAUAUAUGUGAUAUGUAAGAAGUAUUAAUUACUAUUUGGAAAAAAAGAACAGGCUUUUCAAUUUUACCGCAUCGUUAAAUCAACAGACCCUUACAAAUGAUUAUGCUAAUAAAAAGAAGGUGCUUAAAUACCUUA